AUGGACCGUAAAUAUCGAACACGCGACCCUCGAAGACCUCAAAAAACACAUACAUGCGAUGUACCAGACACAGCACUUGAAAAUGACGGAGCAGUAUUCAACAUCGUGAAUGAUGGGGGUAGAUACUCACCUCGAAAUGAUCAAGACUUUUGCGAGAUGCUCCGGGUACUCGCGUCAAAGAACAGCUUCAAGUUUACCGUGUUCAUAGAGACUCCCUCAAAAGCCUUCUCAGAUUGGACUCUCGGCUCGGUUUGCCAGCUUUACAGCCUUAGUGGCGAAACGGUGGAUCCAACAUUGGCAGUGUUCCCAGUUUUUUCGUGCGGUAUCGUUGAGCCAUCACAGGAAGCGUUUGAAAAUCUCAUGAUAGAGUUAAACUCCCGCCUCGACAACACUCCUAUCAAUCUGCUAUCAAUUGAAGCCACGAAAUCAAUAUGCGUCUAUUCAUAUCUGCUUGCUGGAGCAAAUAAUUUCAAGGGAAUGUUCGAGAUCCGACCUCAAAAGAAUAUUUCCGGUCCGAAUGGGCAUGGUCCUGUCGAUUUCGCAGUUGACUUGCGCCGAACAGCAAAAACGGUUGGGGUCACGGAAGUUAAGAAAGAAGAUUUUAUUAAAGGUGUUGUCCAAUGUGCAGUCCAGCUCGAGUCGUCUUUGUCGAAUCGUAAACGCAAGGCUAGUGAGGUGGAAGAGGAACCAACGGUUGGAAAAGUUUUCGGGAUAGUCACCGAUGCCGAAAAAUUCUACUUUAUGGAAUGCUCACUGGAUGAACAAGAUAGCCCGAAGUUCAAACUAUCGAGAUCGGUAAUUGUUGUGUAUGAUGAUCCUGAUAUGAAAGCCAAGGAGGUACAAAAGCCAAUGGAAGUUUCGCAAGGUGAAGAUCAAUCGAGGGUACUAAAAAAGUAUAGGUCAUCAAGUAAUCUCACAGAAGAAUAG